ACAUUUUACCACUUUUUGCCGCCAGUGAAAUUACAUUCGAAAGGUCUAGAUCUGCUUUUGAUUGAAAUCUUGCAAGAGGCAAAAUGUUGAAAUCCCCGAUCUGUAUGACAUAAGUACUUACUGUAUGACUUAGUAACAUGGAUUGGAAAUGCUCCUUAGGGCACGCCAUAUCGGUUCAGACUUGCGCCAAACGUCGAAACGAUCACCAAUCUCCUCUUACAAAAACGUCUUAUAAUAGCAUCAGAGUCAUCCGCGGAUGAGCAUGGGGGAGUAUAAAAUGCAACCUGGGGGCGGCUCCAAACGCCAGCAAUAACAUAACAACGCCCUUGAAGUUCCAAUCAUCAUGACUGUCGAAGUACUUGUUCCCCACGACGUGCAGACUACCCUCAACUUCUAUAAGCCUACUAACAACGAGGCGCCUUACAACUAUGUCGAGGAGUCUCCUGCAGGAGUCCCCAGGACAAACAUAGGCGAAGAUGUCCAGCAAGUUGUUGUCCAUGAUAUUCGUGGCAAGGAGGACACUGUUGGGCUCGACAAGUCGGGCUUCCAGUUCAUCACGCACAAGAGCGUAGAGAAGGAUUUCGUCGACGAAGAGGUGAUCCAGACGAAAUAUUAUGCCGAAGUGGAAGACAUUUUAAAGCAGUAUGCGGGGGCAAAGAAGGUGGCUAUCUUUGAUCAUACCAUUAGGCGGAGCCCAGUUGAAGGAGCAAUCCCAGUGAAGGGUGCUCGUGGCCCUGUGCAACGUGUCCACGUCGACCAAACCUCCUCCGCUGCCAUCGGUCGUGUCCAUCGCCAUCUCGGCGACGACGCUGAACGCUUGCUCAAAGGUCGCGUUCGCAUCAUCAAUGUCUGGAGGCCUAUCGCCAACCCAGUCGCGCACAACCCACUUGCUGUCGCAGAUUACCGUACCCUUGAUCCUGAGAAGGACUUAGUUUCUACGAGGCAUAUCUAUCCAGAUCGCGAGGGCUCUACGUUCAGCGUACGUUACAGCCCAACGCAACGCUGGUACUUCCUCGCGAACCAGACCCCUGAUGAGGUUACUCUCAUCAAGUGUUAUGAUUCGGACGAGGAUAAGGCGCGCCUCACACCUCAUUCGGCGUUCAGGGAUGUGUCCAGCCCCAAGGACGCACCAAAUAGGCAGUCCAUUGAGGUUCGCGCGUUGGUGUUUGAUACUGAAUAGAGCAUACCGGUAUUACACAAGUUCUUUAUGUCGUAAAUGUAUCCAUUCUGUUGUAUCCAUAGCAUGAGCUGUAUAGAUGUGUUAACUUUACAUCAGCCUGUUGAAACGAAUGCGCACAAUUUUCGAUACACGCCUGUGCGAAUGAGGCACUUG